GGACACCUGAAACCAGCCAGGGUCACGUUGAAAUUACAUCCUGACGAAGUUAUCCUGUCACCGAGGAACAACGGACAUUACGUAAUUAAUUUAUGCUUCAAAUUAAAAUUGUCUCCACCCCCGGGGAGGAACUUCGCUCGGAAAACAAAGGUAACACUUGCACAGUGAAAUAAUUAGAUUUUUCAAAAAAAUUUGAAAUUUAAAAUUCUCAACUCAGGAAGGAAGUACUCUCCUUCGCUCGAUAUGCAAUGUAUUGUGCCCGGUAUUGCCACAAUUUUCUAUUCACAUUGAAACGAAACCACAUUGUAGCUGCAGAGUUAUCUACAGCUUUGAAUUUUUCUUUUCAAUUCAAAUGUACCAUUGUUGCUGCACUGUCUCUUUCAGAAGGCUUUCCACUUCGAGCUUACCUUCAAGCUGUUACCUUCGAUCCAUUCGUUGUUCCAGAGGCAUGGAAAGGCGAAUGGAUCGAUCGUUCGACAAACGAGACUGUUCGAAGCGUGUCGCAUAAAAGUUUCCCGUUGAUGAUGAGCAUUCGUCAGUCUACAAACCUGGUCUACCCUCUAAAACACGAACCACGGGAAUUCGCACUUGCCCCUCGUGCAUCGACGCUCCGUUACGACUUAUUUUCUUCCCUACCGAAUUACCUCGCGCCGGUGUUACAAGCUAAUGUAAUACGUAACACGGUAACGCGUUACGACGUCGUUAUCCUAUCAUAAAGGAUAGAGUGUUGAAAGAAAGCUGGAAUCCCGAGGAUAAAGGUGGAAUUUAAUGGAGCAACGCGUGAAAAUGUGCAUGACGGAAGAAAAAGAAAACGCAACGAGAAUAAAUUGGAAAAUGUUUCUCGCGCGCGUUGAAGCGUCACAGGUUUUCAAGCAAAACGAGAAACAGGGGUAAUUAUAAGAAACGAUUUACAAUAGCAUCUUCCUGAAAAUCAUACUCCGAAAACUGGCUGGAGCUUCCUGCUGUAACACAGUCAGGUUCAAGCGAUCCAGAGUUGGUUCGCGCCUGGGUGGGCCAUGAUCACGACUGGCGUCGAGGUGACUCGACGCCAUGAAUUCUAGGUGCAUUGUCAUGGUGAUCGAGCCCGAUAACGGAUGACGGAUUCAUGGGAAUAUCGAUGGAUACCUCGCGAUUCCUUGGAAAGCUUCAGAAUGAAAUCUGGAUGAUAAACGAUCGUGUGUCUUCAAUAGUGAUUCUAAGAAAAUUAAAAUUAUAAAAUAAAUUGACUCGAAAAGUUUCAUACUUGGCUCCGCGACGGCACGGCAAGGAGGUGGGGGCCAAAUUUGUAAACAUCGUCCCUGGGAAUGUUGACGAAACGUUUAGUGUUGUGUGGAAUUUGGAUGAGAGAGGUUCGAUGGCAUCCACUGCGACAUAGAUGACUUCAAACAAACUACAUCAUGUCUGUACGAUGCCAUAUUGACUUGUAGCAUGUUGUCCAAUGAGUGGAGUCGCCACCGGAAAUACAGAAUUACAUAAGUGGCGUCCUAAACCCGGUAUACCUAAGAAAAAUCGGAGGUCACCGUCCUUUUAUCCUUUCGUUGAUCGACGAGGCUCGUUUUUUUUUUUUUUUGUGGAGAGGCGUCGUUUGUCACGACGUCAAGACGAGGCGUCCCCCUUUCGCUGGAACUUGCCGAGGAAAACAAUUAGAUGACCCCUCGAAUGAUUUUAUCGACAUCCUUCAGAGAAGAAGCUGCCAGACGAGGAAAAGUAAAGUAUGAAGCCAGAUGGCAUCGACGUUUCGCCAAACACACCGUGUCCCAGAAAUUUAAUUGCGUCGACCGAAUCAGUGCGCAGCGUGACAGAGACAAAGGAAGAUGGAUGGAAAUGAAGUUCUUCUACUGAAUUUACAUCUCCAACGGAUGACGUUGUAUCGUGUGGUCAUCAAGGCUAGUCACAUACUUUCCCGCUCCAUAAAUAUCAAUAAAGACAAUCUACUAUUAAUAUAUUGAUUACCACAGGCGAAAAGGGCAUUAAAAUAUCAAUCUUCUUUUUUUUUUCAAAUUUUUAUUGAACGCGUAUCGACGUACAAACAAAUAUUAGAAGCACGUGUAAAUUCGCAUAAAUCAAUCUCUCUUGAAUAAGUAUAUCGCUAACAACGGCUUGUCCUCGUAAAUUAUUGUGAAACGGCUUAAAGGGAGAGGGUUCUUCGUAAAAGGCGAGAUCAGUCGGGAUAAUAUCGUUGUUAGGAGAUCGAAAAGUGAUUUAUGGAUCGGUUCCAUGUUGUUCUACGAAAACAUCGAGCAACGGUUUCCCAAGAGCUGCCCUAAAUGGAAAUCCUGCCUUCGAAAUGUCUGUUGAAACCAGCCAGAAAUCAAUUCCAAAGAAUUUAACAAGAAACCUUAAAAGAUUGAAUACAAAUAAGAAAAAGAAGGACUUGGUCGUUUGUCGAAGGGAAUUAAAGUGCAUCUUUGAAAAUACUUUAGAGGGACCAUUAUUUUUACUCGCGCAUUACUUGCAGCUAUCGCUAAUAGCGUUUACCGACUACGAGUAUUUUUCGAUCCUACUACGAUGAAAGCCUAUAAAACGACGUCCUUAUAUCUUUAUUACCCCUGUCUAAGAAACCCCUGCUACGCCAUGGCUCACGUUCGGCAGCUCGGGUGGAUAUUUCGGCAAUCUUCUCUUCUUUUUUUCUUUCUCUUUUUUUACCAGAAUUCAUGUAUAUUUAUUUCAAAGAGUAUAAAUCCCUAGUGCCUCAACAAAAUGCGUAAGUUUUUCAGCAACUAUUUAGAAACCUCAAGAAAAUAUAUAAGCGAAUCGUUGUCACUAAUGAAAAUGAAACGAAAUAUUCUUUUCAGCAAUGACUACUUUCCCCCUCAAGAAACAUAUAGGGACAUAUAGAAUUUAUAUAGAAACUUGGGAAGUAGGGGAGCCAAGAAAGAGUCGUCUGCACGAUCGAGUGGUUCGUUCAUGGCCACACUAAUAGCUUUAUUUAUAGCUAUUACGAUAGACUUAUAACGUCUCGCAUAGUUUGCCACCCUCUCUCGGUUAAUUGUGUUCGAGGUGAAAUGCCAGGAUAAUAGCGGUUCAAACGCGACCUGCAAUUGUAAUAUCAGACACAUCGUCCACUUUUUCUUCAUUAAAUUACCCCAUUGCGCGUGGUUCGUAAUAAAAGCUUCGAACUCAGGGCGAAAUAAAGUAGAUUCUAAUCCGAGAUCCAUCAAACGAAGAAUAGGAAAUACAAUAACGAGGGGGGAUUGAAGGUUUUCUAAUUUCCAACGAACGGCACGGUAGUCUUCUCCGGUGUACCAUAACAAAUGGUCCGGCACAGUCGGUAAAAAGUUCUCGUUAAAAGAAUCGUAACGAGUUCCUGCAAAGAGGGGUGAGCCACCUUCCAGGUGAAACUCCAUUUACACUAGAACCACCCGUUCGCAAUUGCUGGCUCGCAGCGUGGCCGGUUGGUGUCGAUAAAAAGCGUGCUUCCACGCCGGAAGGAAGAUCGCUCCUGAAUGCUUUCAUCGGACAAAAUCGUAGCCAUUGUCGUGGACAUUAACCCGAUUUCAAAGGGCACCAGUAGCUGACUAGAGGGACAGGACGAAACUGGUCGAUACCAACGUUGGUGAUAAAAAGAAUGGAUUCUAUGGAUCCGAAUAUAGGUUGAUUCUUUCAAAAAUGUUCCCUUUAGAAUCUCCCUUAGUUUUUUCAAAAUUAAAAGCAAAUAUGGUGGUUCCAUUUAUACCAUUUAUGCCAGAAAGUCAAUAUUUUAAAACAUUUCGCUUCCACCCCCUCGUACGAAGGAAUUAAAGUUAUCGAGUGGCAAUACAUUGAACGAAUGUAAUGCAGAAGCGGUUCGCGAACCUUUCACGAGAGACCACAUCAAAAGGAUCGUCUAGGAAUACCGAAGCCUUUAUCGUUAUUGCAGGUCCAACAGCAUGGGGUGUCUAUGGCAGCGUACCGGAGGAGGAUAGGAUGAUUGCAGGCUGAGCUUGCCGCGUGUUUCCUGGCCGUUCGUCAUUUUUAGUGGUCGGACCUCGCUCGCUCGGGUAUUAAAUUAUAUUUCACGCGGUGAUUAACGGUCUCCUAGGAUGUAUUAUUAAACCGCGCGCAGGACCCGGUAGAACGACGUGGAAUCCUUGCCGGACACGGUGACCCCGACCCCUUUUCCUCUUCAUUGCCCUCUUUUUCUCGGAUGUUCCUCUUAAACGAUCGCCUUCUUGCCUGCGCUUUUCGUUCUUCUUGGAAAACCUUUAUUGCUCUACACCGUGUUCGUGAAAUUGAAAAAGGGAACGAGGGACUUUUAAAGUCGGAGAAGAGACCGGUAGCUUCUCGAGCAUGGUUGCGUUUAAUGCUUAUGAAGGAGUUGAGAAUGUUUGACUACCCUUUUCUUUUUCUCAGUCUUUUUCAAAGAGCCCCGUGAUCGUACGUCGUUUAUUGAUUUCACGAAAACAAGCAAAGACGCUUUGAGAUAAAUUAAAUGGAAUUUUCUUGUUAGUCGAGUACUGUACUUUGGUACGAUGGUUCCUUUGAAUUAUUCCGUGGAACGAAAUCGUGCCGGAACGUUUAUUCUCCAAGUUGUAUACAAAAUUAUGAAUUUACAUGUCUCCGUGGAAUUUAAGAGGUCUCUGAAUAAUUAGCAGCUCGUUUCGUGCCCACGUUCAAAUAAUACUCGUUAGAGCUUUAAUCCCAGUGAAACUAAAACCAUCAAACGUUCACACGUUAAACUGUCCUAAGUUCCCUGAAAAUGUAUUUUUAAUUAUCAGUUUUUGCACGCAUUUAACGACACGUUCUCGCAAAGAGUUAUCGCCACGACGACUAUACAAGUUCGGUAAUUUUACCUGGAAGCGUUCCAUGGAUGCCUGUCGUUGACAACUUACGUGGAAUUGCACCCACAGGAAAUGCGGCUGUACACACACGAUCCCGGUGUCGACAAUGUACACUUGUCCAAGUUAUUGACAAGGGAAAUUUUACGUCUCGCGACGUUUCCACCCGGUAAAAUCGACGUUUUAAAUGGAACUGAACCCUCUUGAAGUCGUGCCUCGUUUCCUUUUUUAUAUCCUAGAAAUCUUAUGAGAAGAAAUUUCACGGUGUGAAAUGCAAAUAGUAAUUACCGUCGAGAUCCAAAUACAAGGAUUUACGGGAUUUCACAACAACGAAGAUGAAUACAAGUCGAGGGUCUGCUACGAAGAGUUAUUCUAUUUUAGGUUGUAGAAACGGACCGAGGCAAGUUUUGAUCGUGCACCAGGCAAUUAUACGUGGAAACGUGUGCAAACGUAUAUUUGGUGCGAGCACGGCCACGCUAAUUACAUUGUUUCUCCCCAGACCACGCUGGAUCCGACGAGUAAUUUAUAACUUAGGAAGAGGUCGUAAAGGGAAUCGUUACUAAUGACAUCGUAAAACCGAUACAGACGAUGUGUGUUUAACUUGCAUUCCACUAUCCACUUACAUUUUAUAUAUUAAUAUAUACAUUUGAAAUAGAUAUUUGAUUCCAAUUUAAAAUCGAUGGAACAUCGCGGUUUCACGAUAAAAAGUAGACACUGAAAAGGUUUCCACUGUUUCGGGCUAAGUUUCACCACAAAAUUUUGCACUAAACCACCAAAACAGAAUCACGAGAUGGAUAGAAAGACGUGAGAAUUGAUUAAUGGGUGAAUUGCCGAUGCGGUUUUAUAACAUAUACCCUUUCUUGAUAAAAUGAGUGCGAAAAAAUGAAAAAAAUUUAUUUAAAAAAUUAAAAUUUCCAUUUUAGAUUAAAGAAUUAAUGUUUUAUUAAUUAUUUCAUUACACUAUUAAUAUUAAACAGCAUUUAUAUUACUCAACAUUAUGCAAGCAUUAAUUUUUAAUUAAAUUCUCAUUCGUUUCUACUACACAUCUCGUACGCUUCAAUGGUAGAGUUAAUUUCAUUCAUCGUUUUUUAACAAGCCAAUGAAAACGUAUCAUUCAUUAUGAAUGAAGAGCACGUGACUUGAUAGUUUUGGCGGGAAAGUAGUAACAGGUGUGAGUAACCUAAUACGUAUAACCUCAAGAGUCUUCUAAAGGCACAAAAUGAAAGAAUAUCUAUUGAAAAACCAUCGAGAAGAAUUAGAAGAAAUUUUGGACAGCUUGGACAUCAGCGGUUUCUAUUCAAUCUACAUAAACUUUGUAUCACUGUUUGAAUAUGAUACGGAUAUGGCACAAAAAAUUUUACAAUAUCCCAGAUAUUAUCUACCACUUUGCGAUGAAUCAGUUGUGGAAGCUCAACAAGAGUUGGCAAAACCAGAACAAGUUGUUAAAAAGAAAGUACGCAUCAGAGUUACUGCUGUACCACUGACAGUGGACCAGGGACAAAUUGGGCAACUUGUUUCAACAAGUGGCAUUGUAGUAAGAAUGUCCCAGCCUUCAGUAUUAAAGCUUGUCCAAAGAUACAGCUGCAAGAAGUGCCAGCACAUUAAUCACAUUAAAUAUGAAUGGGAGAGACAAACUUUUGGAGAUAUCUCAGAGUGUGAAGCAUGCAAUGCGACAAAAUUAAAAGCCAUCAAUGAGUUUGAUGUAGAAGAUUCCUCAGAUUGCCAAGAAAUCAGAGUACAAGAAAAGGGUAAAACAGAUACCAGGUACUUGGUUGAGGAACUGAAAAUCACCUUGCUGGAUGAUUUAGUUGAUAAAUGUAGACCAGGAGAUUAUGUCGAAAUCAGUGGUGUAAUAGUGCGAAUAUGGGGACCCUUAGAACCUGAUGAACGUUUAGAAGCAACAACCAUGAUGAUAGCAAACAGCGUAACAGUCCGGCGGAAGAUAUCCGACACAUCUUCCAGCCAAGAGAUGAAAGACAUUUUCGAAAAUUAUUGGGAAAAGUACAACGACAACCCUUUGCUUGGUAGAGACAAUAUUCUUGCAUCGAUUUGCCCUCAGCUCUAUGGGAUGUACACCCCAAAGUUAGCCCUAGCCGUUGUCCUAGCUGGGGGUGUGACUAAAUACAACGACAACGGAACACGUGUACGGGGAGAGCCUCAUCUUCUGUUGGUCGGCGAUCCUGGAACUGGCAAGUCGAAACUGCUUCGCACAGCAACUCGUUUGGCUGUGAGGUCUGUUUUUACAACCGGAGUUGGAUCAACUGCAGCUGGUCUAACAGCAACUGCUGUCAGAGACUCGGACGGCUGGCAUUUAGAAGCUGGGGCACUGGUGUUAGCGGAUGGCGGAAUAUGCUGCGUGGAUGAGUUCACCACGAUGAGUUCACACGACAGGACAUCCGUGCACGAAGCCAUGGAGCAACAAACGAUAUCAAUCGCCAAAGCUGGAUUAGUUAGCACGUUGAACUCGAGGUGUUCGGUGAUUGCAGCCAUCAAUCCAGCCGGUGGUCAAUUUGGUGCCGAGGACGAAGAGUGGGAAACGAGCUUAGGUGAUCCUCUUCUAUCUCGUUUCGACUUGAUAUUGCUUCUGAAGGAUAACAGGAAUCCGGAAUGGGACAAGCUAACGUCGGACCACAUUUUGAAGGCUGCUUGCGAAGUUAACGAAAGCCUGGCUCAAACAGACUCGAAGAAUCACAUCGAGCUUUUGAAGACUGAAGGUCUGUGGAAGGAGGACAGUUUGAGGGAAUACUUGGCCUAUGUGCAUUCCCUGCAACCAGCCUUGACGAAAGAGGCGGAAAUGGUACUUAGGGCAACUUAUCUUUACCACAGAUCACAUCCGGAUAGAAGAGAAGAAAGGACUACUGUACGGCUCUUGGACAGUCUUAUUAGAAUGGAUGUGAGUUCACUGGUGCCGGCUGGUUUUCAAGCGGGGCAAGUGGAUCUCUGCGAGGUCCAGGCUGGUUAUAAUAAAUUCUCCGAGAAUUUGAGGAAAUUCACACCUCAGGCGAUACAGUGCGCGAUUUUCUGUGGUGGUUCUAGGUGCAAAUAUGAAAAUCCAAGAGCCUGGCCGCCUGUGCACAUGGCAAUACAGAACAUCUUUUCGCAUUGGGUGACAGACGACGUCCUCGCGAUGGCACGACCAAACACCGCACAGAUAAUAAAAAAGGAUAUAAUUGCCCAGUUUCAAGGGUGGAGUAUAAAAACUAUAAUAAACCUACAAACGCCGGGAGAGCAUGCGAGCUGCGGUGGCCCCCUCGAAGAAAGUGGUUUCACUUACGAUCCUAACAUCUUCAUGAAACAUGACAUUUACUAUUACAAUUUUGCAUUGAAGGACUACGGGGAUGCGACAAUGAGCAAACUUUUGGAUAUGGUCAAGGUCGUGGCCUUUGCCGUGCAAGAAGGAAGAGUGGCGAUUCACUGUCACGCUGGUCUAGGUAGAACCGGAGUCCUGAUCGCGUGCUACCUCAUUUAUAGUCUUCGAGUAAGAGCAAACGAUGCCAUUAGGUUCGUCCGUAUGAAACGACCCUGCGCGAUACAAACGCGAGGGCAGAUACUCUGUAUCCAAGAAUUCGAGCACUUUGUGCUUCCUCAGAUGAUAGUUUUCCCUUUAAGUAGCGCCAUAGGUGAUCGCAAACCUUGCAGCUUGCAAUCUCACCUGAGAAAGCAACAGAAUGUUCUACACGGAUACGAGCAGCGUACCUUUAAACACAUCCCGAAGAUCGUGUUCACGAUCUGCGAGCGGAUUCUCCAGUUGUGCGAUUGCCAGGAGGACAAUUCUCCCUGUGAGAUUAAAUACACGAUUUCUAAUAUUUCUUUCACUCAGAAGUUCAUAUCUCACGUUUUGGAGAAAUUCAGAGACGGCAAAGGAAAUAUUAAGCAUUCUUAUUCUUGGGCUGAAUCACUUGCUGAUUCUUACGACGGUUCUAGUUCUGCUAAAGCGUGUGCAAGUAGUAGCCAAGCAUCUUCGAGGGACACUUCGGACGAUAUUGGAAGAUUAAGCGACGUAUUCUGUACAUCCCCUGACACUCCAUCUUGUGAUUCUACUUUUCCAGGUCUAGAUGACAACUAUGUGGACGACGUUCUUGGCGAUGGAAUUCAUGGUCAGGACCUCGCAGAUAAUGAUUGUUACAAAGAAAUUCAAUCUCAUAUAGAUCUCAAAGCUGCUGCACAAAAUGCAGCCGUCGAAACUGUGAGCACCGAUGUGGCGAUCAGGGCGUUGAUCAGAGAUAACGCGACAUUACAUGACAAAACGAAGAAACGUUUACAGGAUUAUCAGAUGGAUCUGAAUCAUCGUUCCACAGCUUGGCAGAGAUUACAAAUGGAAACUGAUUUGGACAUCCUGUCAGGAUUAUUAUUCGAGUGGUUGGAGACAGUGAAGCACCCUCUGCUCGACGUUGAUAGUCUUAGCUACAUUGUUGUGUGGAGUUCCAAGCCUCAACGAUGUCUUGAAAAGCUUCCCACUUCUAAUAGAUACUUGUUGGAGUAUCUCCUACGAUUCGUCAGUAGAUUGAGACCAAUGACUGCUGAAAGUCAAAGUCUGAUAACGAAGAGGUUCAUGGCUGCCCUCACGCAGCAGAGUAUCUGGAUCAGGAGCUCCUUUUACCCUGCUAGUAAAAAUUUUCAGAAACUGCGACGGGGAACAGCGGCGAAGCUGAAUGAAUUUUUUAUCAGACUAAUGAACCUGAUAGAAGAAGUGAACACCCAGGAAAUGGAGAAGCCUUCGUGGUCUUCGAAAUGGGAAUUGGUGUCUAAUCAAUUGCGACAAGUAGAGAAGCAAGAAAUUCAGGAAGUUGUUUGAAGAUAAAUCAAGAGAAAGAAUUGUGAAAUCGUAGAAUCAUAAGUUUUAAUUAACUCUAGUCGUAACUAGCAAUACAUGGAUGAUAUUUAUUUUUACAACGUUCGAAAUUGUAAGCUCUGAAAGAUUGAGCAUGUAAAUCGCUCGAAUA